AUUUCCAAGGAAGCAGCAAAUAAAAGACCAAAGAUUGAAAAAAGUGUUUUUAUCUUUUUGAUCCAUGUAUGCUUGCAGUAUCAUCAAACUAACGCCUAUGAUAUUUUGUGAAACUUGGAAUCAUAGAACUGAAUGCAAACCACCUUGCAUGUGGCCAUUCUGAAUGUUUCUUCUGUUGUAAUUGAGAUUGCUUGAACAUAUUCAUAUGCUCACCAUACAAAAAAAUUGGUUUCAGUGCGUGAUCUAAUUUUAAUUUCUAGAUAAUCAAUGCAUUUGUUUAACACAUUAUCCAAAAGAUUUGGCGUAUUUUUACUCUACGUCGCACAAAAAAGGAUCUUUUUCGUAUGAAAUCUAAUGAAAAUAUUGCAAUAAAAUAUUGAGUAAUUUCACACUUAUCAUCUUUUCUUCAGGUAGAUAAUAAGGCUGCAGUGCUUGGUUUUGUUGGGGCUCCUUUUACCCUGGCAGCACAUGUUGUUGAAGGCGGCUCAUCAAAGCACUUUUCGAAAAUAAAAGGAUUGGCUUUCUCUGAGCCCAAGGCCAUAUAAUAAUGAAAUCAAAUUUUCAUGACCCUCCUACAGGUACUUCAUGCUUUGCUUAAAAAAUUUGCUACAUCAAUGGCAAAAUAUAUUCAAUAUCAAGCUGAUAAUGGGGCUCAAGCUGUUCAAAUCUUUGACUCAUGGGCCACAGAACUUAGCCCCGUGGAUUUCGAGGAGUUCAGUCUUCCAUACUUGAAGCAGAUUGUGGAUACCUUGAGAAAAACACAUCCAGAUCUCCCCCUAAUCCUCUAUGCAAGUGGAUCUGGUAGCUUGCUUGAGAGGCUAGCUUUGACAGGUGUGGAUGUAGUUAGCUUGGAUUGGACAGUGGAUAUGGCUGAAGGUAGGAGGCGAUUGGGACCCGAUAUGGCGGUUCAGGGAAAUGUGGAUCCUGGUGUUCUUUUUGGCUCAAAUGAGUUUAUCGCUAAUCGGAUAAACGAUGUUGUGAGAAGAGCCGGAAGAGGGAAACAUAUAUUGGAUCUUGGUCAUGGAAUUGUAGUAGGCACACCAGAGGAGAAUGUUGCUCAUUUUUUUGAGGUUCAGUUACUCUUGGAGAAUGUGGAAAAGAAUCCACAUCAGUUGGGAAGAAAGAAAAAAAAGGGAAUGUAAGUGUGGGCAAGGUAUAUUGGAUACAUGGUAUUGGUAACCCAUUAUAAAGCCCAGCAAUAUUUCGGUCCAUAAUUCCUACAACUUGGACCGAAUCCGUCAGCAAUUUCAAAACACAGGUAAUUGAGACUUCUGUACAGAAAAUGUUUGGUAAGCUUUGCUUUUCUCCAAUCUUCUACCUUUAUUGGCCACGCUAGAGAGCUAAGGGCAUGGAUGCUGGCACUUGCAGUCCUCUUUGAAGACAUGUGCAAUAACUCUGAUAUCUUUUUUUUUUCUUAAUUAAUUUGUAGUCCAUGGAAUAGGCACUUGUUUAACAUGAAAAAAGGAUUAUGGUUCCAUUAAAAAACAAAAUAAGACAUGAACAUGUCUGGAAAAGAUGAAUCACCUUAUCCUUUGUUAUUUAAGUUUGCCCCUCUUCUAAGGGCAUGCUUCCUCUGUAGGACCCUGUCGAUCCAUUGUUUCCAGCUGUGGCCUUAGUUAAAGAUGGUCCAUGCAAAUUUCUAAGAAGUGGGUCUAAAAGCUUCAGCAGCUUUCAAUCUACAGCAUUACCUGACCUGGACCAUAGGAUUUAAGAUGUCUUAUAUCUAGACAACAACAUGGGCAAAUGCAGCAAACCCACCACAUGCCUCUUUGUGGUCAAUAAUGAUCUCCAUUUGUGGCCUAUAUGUCACCAAAUAGGGUGCCUCAGCAGGUUUUAUUUUUUUAUUUUUUUCUCAUUUUAAAAGGUUGAACUUUUCUAAACCCUCUAAUUCUUUUUUCACAACUUUUUUUUUGUAAAAAAAAAAAGUAUUAAUUGAGGAAAAUGGGCAUUAAGAUUUUAAAAGUGUUGCAGCCUCAUAUUAUAUUAUGGGGGGAAAUCAACCAUAGAAUUAUUAAUCCAAUUAUUUAAAAAAGAAAUUAAACUAAUAAAAUCUCAAUAUGCAACUAAUAUAAUUUGAGAUUGCUUCCCUACUAUGUUUAACCUUAAUGAUACUUUUUAAUCUCAAGCCUUUAAAAAAAAUUAAAUUAAUUUUAUUUAAUUACUUUCCUCUUUGCAAUUUUAAUUUGUAAUAUUUACAAAUAAUUUGUAAUAUUUAGAAGCCGUACCAAAUCUACAGGUAAAGUUAGGUUGCACAUUCCCAUUAUUAGAACAUAAGUUAGGUGAUCAAAAUAUUGAGAAAAUUAAAAUUUAUCUGUAUUCACAAAUUAUUAUAAUAUUAUUAAAAUAUUUAACUUUAGACAUUUUGAUUAGCAUUUUCUCAUUAAUACUAAAAAAAA